AAAGAGAGAGGGGAUACGAGUUAGAAUCACAAGUAUUCGUGAAGGAAGCCCUAGACCGCCUCUCGAAAAGAAAAGAAACACAAAAAGGAAGGCUAUAGAGGGCGACAGGUGUGGAGGGCAAGACAAAUCUGUUGGGUUGAGUGUGAAUUGUCCAAAAGAAGAUGCAGUAGCCAUUAGACAGAAUAUAAAGCCGCAUUUGCAAAUUCCAAUUUUCAUAGCAAUUUAAAAAUCUCCUACGCAAUGGCUUCCGACGCUAUCGGCGGACAAUCGGAAAAGGCAAAGAUGGCGACGUGGCUGGUGGUGGCGGUCGGAGUUUCUCUAUUAGGUUUAUAUUUGAGAACCGGAGAAUUGAAUCCGUGGAGAAGGAUGAGGAAGAAGAAGAAGAAGAUACGCGUUUACAUGGACGGUUGUUUUGACAUGAUGCACUACGGUCACUGUAACGCUCUUCGGCAGGCGCGUGCUUUGGGCGAUGAGUUGGUGGUCGGCGUAGUAAGCGACGCUGAAAUCAUAGCGAAUAAAGGCCCGCCUGUGACUCCUAUACAUGAGAGGAUGAUUAUGGUUAACGCCAUUAAGUGGGUGCAUGAGGUUAUUCCAGAUGCGCCGUAUGCAAUAACGGAAGAGUUCAUGAAGAAGCUAUUCGAAGAAUAUAAUAUUGAUUAUAUAAUCCAUGGAGAUGAUCCUUGUGUUCUUCCUGAUGGAACUGAUGCCUAUGCGCUUGCUAAGAAGGCAGGUCGCUACAAGCAGAUUAAGCGCACUGAAGGAGUUUCAAGCACCGACAUCGUUGGUAUUGUUGUUUUUAUUGGUCGUAUGCUACUUUGUACGCGAGAGAGAUCAAUUAGUGAGAGUCACAAUCAUUCAUCUUUGCAAAGACAGUUUAGUCAUGGCCAUGGUCAGAAAGUGGAAGAUGGUGGAUCUGCAACUGGAACUGGAACUCGGGUUUCUCAUUUUCUUCCCACUUCCCGAAGAAUUGUUCAAUUCUCCAACGGCAAGGGCCCAGGUCCGGAUGCUCGCAUAAUUUAUAUUGAUGGUGCUUUUGAUCUUUUCCAUGCUGGACACGUUGAGAUCCUGAGGGUUGCUCGAGGGCUUGGAGAUUUCCUUCUUGUUGGAAUACACAAUGAUCAGACUGUCAGUGCUAAAAGAGGAGCUCAUCGCCCUAUUAUGAAUCUUCAUGAAAGAAGUUUGAGUGUUUUGGCUUGUCGAUAUGUGGAUGAGGUGAUAAUUGGUGCUCCAUGGGAAGUUUCUAAAGACAUGAUAACAACCUUUAACAUCUCUUUGGUAGUACAUGGAACAGUAGCUGAAAACAUCGACUACGCAGAGGAAAAAUGCAAUCCAUAUGCUGUUCCAAUCAGUAUGGGUAUCUUCAAAGUUUUGGAAAGCCCAUUGGAUAUUACAACUACCACGAUAAUUAGGAGGAUUGUAGCGAAUCAUGAAGCUUACCAGAAACGUAAUGAGAAGAAGGCGGAAAGUGAGAGAAGGUACUACGAAGGCAAGACUUACAUUUCUGGUGAUUGAGCUGAGUCGGGCCCAUACAUGAAGAAUAGGUGACUGCUUUAUUAUUUAGGAGUUGACGGAAUAACUUGUACUAAUUUUCCGUGCAACAGAACGGGAUUAUGGUUUGUAGUUUCAAUCCGAUCAUUAUGGGCACAUGUGUUUGCUGAGUUAGUCUUGUUAGGCAAUUUUAUUUGUAUUUCUACAUUUUUUUUUCCGUAAGAUCACGCUAGGAAUUGAAUCCAAGGUAUUUGAAUAUCAAAAUUAAGGAAUCAUAUCAUGGGGUUAUUAGGAACCCAUGUAGGCAUUAUUAGAAAUAGAAUCAUCAGUUAAACGCAUUUCUACAUUGUAUUAUCUCUACAAGUAUGAUGUUAUUUCUGUGGAACAAAUAAUGGAGAAUUUAAUAGUGAGAUUUGAACUCAAGCUACAAAGCAAGGUGCUAAGUGCAGGCUUCUCCUUGUUUGAGAUUGA